AUGUUUUUACGUACUUCGGAUACCGUAACACCUGUCAAUGAUGUGGGUCUUUCUGAUCUCACAUCUGAGGAGACAACGUAUUUUGAAAACAAAGAUGACAUUUCAUUUGUUCAGAUCAGCACACCCGAAGUAAGAUCAGUUGUUGACCAACCUUUUGUGUAUCCAGAUUUUGAUUCUUAUGGGGUUUUUCCCUCCGGCCAAGAGUUCUCUGACUGUAAUUUUUUUUCCGACUACAACACUGUCGAAGACAACGGACCGUAUUCUUUUUCUUCUUCUUCUUCUUCUUCUUCUUCUUCUUCUUCUUUUUCUUUUUCUUUUUCUUCUAAUAUCUUGGAAUCAGGUGGUAUUUCUAUAAAUGCAAUUCCUGAAAAAACGAAUGAUUUGCUGUUAUCAACUGUUUCGGAACCUACAGCUGUUUUUGAUAAUGCAGAUCCUGAAGAAACGAACAAUUCGCCUCUUUGGAGUGUGAAUCCUGACGAAAUGCUGUUGGUGCCUGAUGAAGAUAUCAUUAUCUUUAAGCAGGAUUUACCUGAUACUCUAUCAGAAUGCAUUCCAACGACGGUUUAUACGCCAAACGAUUCGUCCCCCUUAGCGCAGCAACAUACCAGCAGUAUUCUUAAUGGCGUUUCGACUUUUGGUUCGCAACAGAAUGCUAACGCUUUUUCGUCAAAUAGUAAUAUCCAGUCACUCCCAGGCUCUGGUCCAACUCCAUGCAUUAAUCCAGAGUCUCAGUCUUUUCCAAAAGGGGAUACUAUGGGGAUACCACCGAAUAAUCCCAUCCAGUUUGAGCAGCCAACUACUACUGGCUAUGAUAAUAAUCAAUUGUCAUCCUCAUUACAUCCCCAUUCAGCGGCAGUGAAUCAAAUAGAUCCUUCGCCUUUUCCAAAGCCCAUAUCUUCAGCUUCAGGAGACAACAACAAAAAACCGGAGAAGAACAAAAAGCAGAAGCGUGAUCGUAUCAACUUCUCCGGAAAAGAUGAAAGAAUUUUGAUUAUGAAGUGGAUUUCUAGAAAAAUUGGUGGAUCGACGAUCCUAGAAAGUAUCGAGGCGCUUUACAGGAAGUACUAUGAUAAGCCGUCUAUGGCAUUUCGUUCACAUGCUCGUGUAAAUGUUGAAGAACUGGGUAUGUGUGUGGACGUUACCAUUGGAAGAACACCAAAACUUCUUCACUACAAUUUUUACCAUAUGAAGGGUAAACUAACUCAUUAUGGCAUCCAGCUAUAAAUCUACUCUUUUGCGGUG